AUGGAACGGACCAAGUACGAAAUCACCACCUUGUUGCUCACAUAUAAAAGUCUGGUGUCGGCAGGUAUCGCUCGAUUCGGACGCAUGCUUGAGACGACGCGGAUCCAGGGCGAUGAGCUGUACGCGGACAAAUGGGGCCGACUCAAGGAUUUUGGCACAGGGUUGUUCAACACGCUCGAGUUCCAUGCGCAGUAUGAGCCUACAGGUAGAUGCCUAAUGGUUGUGCAACGGGACGAUUACACCCGGAAAGAGAAGAAGAAAGGCACUUCAGAUGCACCAGAAAGACCUUUGGAUUCGAUCCCGACCACCGUAACCACCUCUGCGGGUCAAUCCAGCAACAUCGGCGCCCCAAACAUCGCCGAGACAAACACCAAUGUUAUCAAAAGCGAAAGUAAAAACGAUAUCACUGGUGAAGCGGGACCAGGGAGCGAGCCGCGGGUCCAUGAGCGAGUUCGUAGAUCGAAUACGGAAAAGUGGCUCGCUCAAGCCGCGCUCAUUCUCAAUCUGACCAAGAGUGCUGCCGAUGCGGCUGGUCUUGCACCGCUCAAAGGCGCUUGUGAGGGCGCAGUGACCGUCCUUGAGGUCAUCCAGGCUUUCAAUAACGGCAGAUCUGCUUGGAAUGAACUCGCCAAAACCAUUCAGAUGCAAAUCGGUGCAUUCAAUGCCCAACUAAACCAGCCUGGAAUCAACGACGUGGUCGAUGACUCGGUCAAAGGCCCGAUUGCAAACUACAUCGCUACGCUCAAGGAACUGCUUGCCGACGUGUGCGAAGACGCUGACAUCAACAAGACCAAUUUCGAGAAUAAAGAGGGACUCUUGAAGAUGUUUGUGAAGCGCAGUGGCACAAGCAAGCUGGAAACGGAUACAAUCAGUACCUACGAAAAGCGUUUGAAGGCUGCGGAAUCAGAAAUACUCUGCUCUCUUACGUUCUAUGUCUCUGUCGCCGUGACAGAGUUUGCGGAUGCUGCCGUGUUGGGCAGGCUGCGAGGACCCGAAUACAAACGGCCCUCAGGAUGUCAACCAGGAACGCGUAUUGAUGUACUCCACGCAUGCCAGGAAUGGGUGGCAAACCGUGAAGCACCCAACAUCCUCUGGAUCAAAGCCGCACCUGGAGCGGGGAAAACGGCCAUUGCAUCUAGUCUUGUAGACCUACUUGAGAUCAAGAAGAAGCGACUCGGCUCAAGCUUCUUCUUUCGUCGUCAAGAAAGUACUACUCGUACGACAGAUGCACUCUGGCGUAACGUUGCAUACGACUUGGCACGUCACCCAACCGUCCGAAAGCAUCUUUGCAGCGCAAUGAAAAAGGAGCAAAUCGACUUGUCAACAUCCACCCCCUUGGAAAUUUCUCCAGUGGUCGUCGUCGAUGCACUCGACGAGUGCGGUGGGAUUGAGGGUCGGUCGUCUGUCGAUCGUAGGAGCCUGAUGCAGACGUUGAUCUGUUGGUCCAAGCUUCCAUCUAGCUUCAAGCUCAUCGUCACCAGUCGUGAAGAGACGGACAUCGUAAACGUCCUCGGUAGGAUCGACGGGAAUAAGCCACUAGCCAUUGAGCUAAAAUCAAUUGCGACUGAGUAUCCGUCAUUGGGACCAGAGUGGCCCGGACCCAAACAGCUGGAUCAGUUGACGGAGAAGGCGAGUGGUCUGUUCAUCUGGGCUACAACAGUGGUGGACUUGAUCGAAGCUGGCCCUCCGGAGGAUCGACUUGAAGUCCUGACGGGUGAAGGGAAGAAUCAUCUCGGCCAACUCUAUGCGCAAGUACUGCAUAUUGCGUCUCGAGGACAUGGCGAGAAGGAGCGGGAUCGUUUGCUCGCCAUGCUUGGCGCGAUUAUUGUGGCAAAGGAACCAUUAUCUCUCCCGACAUUGGCUAAACUCCUUUCAUUGAAGCAGUCGAUAUUGGAGAACUUUUGCAACGGACUUCGCUCAGUAUUGGAUCAAGAAGGCCCACUUCGAUUCCGACAUCAAUCGUUUGUCGACUUCCUGCUCGAGAACAAGCAAGAUGCACCAGAAUUCAGUUUAACGACGUCUAUCUGUGAGCAAAGCAUUGCCAACCAGUGCCUGCAGGUGAUGAAGAACAAUCUAAAGUUCAACAUUGGCGGCAUCCCAUCGUCCGACCAACUCAAUGUCGAGAGUUUGAGAGCAAUCACAUCCAUUGAAGAUUGCAUUCCGUCACAUUUGAAAUAUGUAUCUCGGUACUGGGCCGAUCAUUUGGUUCUCACGCCUCUCAAUGAUGAGACAAUGGCUCUUGUCCGACACUUUCUCACAUCGCAAUUUCUAGCCUGGCUCGAGGUUGCCAGCCUAUACGGUCACAAGAUCGUUUCUGGAUCUGAGGACAAGACGGUGCGGGUAUGGAAUGCAGAGACGGGCGAACCGCUUGGACCCGCGCUCAAGGGACAUACCAAUGCGGUCUACUCUGUCGCCUUCUCGCCAGAUGGUCACAAGAUCGUUUCUGGAUCCUGGGACAAGACGGUGCGGGUAUGGAAUGCAGAGACGGGCGAACCGCUUGGACCCGCGCUCGAGGGACAUACCAAUGCGGUCUGGUCUGUCGCCUUCUCGCCAGACGGUCACAAGAUCGUUUCUGGAUCCUCGGACAAGACGGUGCGGGUAUGGAAUGCAGAGACGGGCGAACCGCUUGGACCCGCGCUCGAGGGACAUACCGAUGCGGUCUUGUCUGUCGCCUUCUCGCCAGACGGUCACAAGAUCGUUUCUGGAUCCUGGGACAAGACGGUGCGGGUAUGGAAUGCAGAGACGGGCGAACCGCUUGGACCCGCGCUCGAGGGACAUACCGAUGCGGUCUGGUCUGUCGCCUUCUCGCCAGACGAGACGGGCGAACCGCUUGGACCCGCGCUCGAGGGACAUACCGAUGCGGUCUGGUCUGUCGCCUUCUCGCCAGACGGUCACAAGAUCGUUUCUGGAUCUAAGGACAAGACAGUGCGGGUAUGGAAUGCAGAGAAGGGCGAACCGCUUGGACCCGCGCUCGAGGGACAUACCGAUGCGGUCUGGUCUGUCGCCUUCUCGCCAGACGGUCACAAGAUCGUUUCUGGAUCUGAGGACAAGACAGUGCGGGUAUGGAAUGCAGAGACGGGCGAACCGCUUGGACCCGCGCUCGAGGGACAUACCGAUGCGGUCUUGUCUGUCGCCUUCUCGCCAGACGGUCACAAGAUCACGGUGCGGGUAUGGAAUGCAGAGACGGGCGAACCGCUUGGACCCGCGCUCGAGGGACAUACCGAUGCGGUCUUGUCUGUCGCCUUCUCGCCAGACGGUCACAAGAUCGUUUCUGGAUCCCUGGACAAGACGGUGCGGGUAUGGAAUGCAGAGACGGGCGAACCGCUUGGACACGCGCUCGAGGGACAUACCGAUGCGGUCUCCUCUAUCGCCUUCUCGCCAGACGGUCACAAGAUCGUUUCUGGAUCCUGGGACAAGACGGUGCGGGUAUGGAAUGCAGAGACGGGCGAACCGCUUGGACCCGCGCUCGAGGGACAUACCGAUGCGGUCUUGUCUGUCGCCUUCUCGCCAGACGGUCACAAGAUCGUUUCUGGAUCCCUGGACAAGACGGUGCGGGUAUGGAAUGCAGAGACGGGCGAACCGCUUGGACCCGCGCUCGAGGGACAUACCAAGGCGGUCUACUCUGUCGCCUUCUCGCCAGACGGUCACAAGAUCGUUUCUGGAUCCUGGGACAAGAUGGUGCGGGUAUGGAAUGCAGAGACGGGCGAACCGCUUGGACCCGCGCUCGAGGGACAUACCAAUGCGGUCUUGGUUGGAGACCAGAAGGUCUCGCCAUGCUGCGAGAGCGAGCGAGGAAUGGGAGCUCCAGGAAUAGAACUUAGAAGGAAAACAGUAUAG